GUUUUUUUAUACAAACAUGGUACAAUUCGAUCAUAGAGCUGGUGAAGCACACAUCAAACCUGAGUUUAGAAAGGAACGUUGGUUUGACGACGAGAGGGCUGAACAAGUUGCUGAACUUCCACCCAACGACGAUGCUGCUGAGGGCGAGCCCAAAGAAAGAAACAGUGGCAAGAAGCAAAAGAAUGUACGUGGUGCUAAUAAGGGUCAAAGAGGAAAGAAAAGAAUCGAAGAUUCCAUCAAGCUUUGUAAAGCAACUUCUCGUGGUGAGGAAUGUGAAUUCGGUACAGAUUGUCGUUUCUCUCAUGAUUUAGAAGCCUAUUUGAAAAUUAAGCCCGCAGAUCUUGGUGACAGUUGUAUUCAAUUCAACCUCUUUGGAAAGUGUCCUUUUGGUUACAAGUGUCGUUACCUCGGUGCACAUCUUGACAAGAACAACAAACUUGUCGUAAAUGAAGAAUUAGCUUCUAAAAACCCUGUAUAUACCGUUAAUGGUAUUUCAACUGGCACCCAAACUAGACUUUUACGUCAAAAGUACGAUUUCCCUAGAACCCAAGAAUACAUGAAAGUAGUUGAAAAGGAAAUUGCUGACGAGCAAACAUUCAUGAAGAACAAUGCUAUCAAGAGAAAGGCUUUAGAGGAUCCCGCUUUACAAGCUGCCCCAGCACCCACUGCCGAACCUUCAGCCAAAAAAGUAAAACCCGAAGUUGAAAGUGAUAGUGAAAACGAGGAAUUUUUCGAUGCUGCUAGUGAGUUCACUCAUGUUAGCACAGAAUCAGCUGCUCCCGCCACUACUACUGCUAUUAAAACCGAAAAGCCUAUCGGUCCUAUUGAUACAGGUUAUAAAAAGAUCAUCGAUUUUAGAAACAAGACAUACCUUGCUCCUCUUACAACUGUAGGUAAUUUACCUUUCCGUAGAAUUUGUAAGGAAUAUGGUGUGGAUAUUACUUGUGGUGAAAUGGCUUUAGCUGCCAAUUUAUUAAAGGGUCAACAAUCCGAGUGGGCAUUAACCAAGCGUCAUAAAUCAGAGGAUAUUUUUGGUAUCCAAAUCUGUGGUUCUAAAGUCGAACAAGUCACGAAAGCUUGUGAAGUGUUAAAUCAGGAAGCCGAUGUUGAUUUCAUUGAUUUAAAUAUGGGAUGUCCUAUUGAUCUUGUGUUCAAACAAGGUGCUGGUUCUGCUUUAUUGGAUGCAAGAGGUCGUAUGUUCAAGAUUUUGAAGGGUAUGCAAAGUGUCACAGAUAUUCCCAUCACCGCCAAAUUCAGAACAGGUAUCAAGGAUAAUCAACCUCUUGCGGAUCGUAUUGUGCCUCGUCUUGAAGAAAUGGGUAUUGCCUUAAGUACUAUUCAUGGCCGUUCGCGUACACAAAGAUAUACAAAGAAGGCCGAUUGGGAAUACGUUGGUAAGAUGAAGCAUUUAACUCAUACCAUGCCUCUCUAUGGUAACGGUGAUAUUAUGAGUUUCGAGGAUUAUAACCACGAUAAAGAGAUCAGUGGUGUAGAUGGUGUUAUGAUUGGUCGCGGUGCUUUGAUUAAACCUUGGAUUUUCGACGAGAUCGAAAACCAACGUCAUUGGGAUAUUUCUGCUAAUGAACGUCUUGAUAUGAUGAAACGAUUCUGUAAUUAUGGUUUAGAGCAUUGGGGUACAGAUAGUCAAGGAUUAAACACAACAAGACGUUUCCUUUGUGAGUGGCAAUCAUUCUUGUAUCGCUAUAUUCCCGUUGGUGUGUUGGAACAUCCUCCUCAACAUAUGAAUGAAAGACCUCCACCUUAUCAAGGUCGUAACGAUUUGGAAACAUUGAUGGCAAGUCCUCUUGCUUCUGACUGGGUCAAGAUCUCUGAGCUCUUACUUGGUCCUGUUCCUGAUGAUUUCGUUUUCGUACCCAAGCAUAAGGCUAAUUCUUUUGACAAGAUUGAGGGGUAAAAUAAAGUGGGAUUAUUAUACAGUAUAGGGGGAUAUGAUUUUGAAAAUAAAAAAUAAAUAAAAAAAGUGUAUCAUACAAAUUAAAAAAAAAAGUAUCUACUUAUUUUCGCAACAAUAUUCAAUAUCAACCACUUCUUUAGGUGAAUUGGCUGUCAACACAAAAGGUUCGUCCUUUCCAAUCACGACAUUGUCC